AUGACGUUUUCAACUGCCUCCCAUAGCAGCUCUGCGCAGGCGCAACUGCCCCAGAAGCUACCUCCAGGGAACACCAUCACCCAAUCUAAACAAACGGGCGGUGUCGUGCCCAAAAAAGAGAAUAAACCGGAAGCAAAACCUUUGGCACAUUUUGUCGCCGGCGGUGUCGGUGGAAUGACAGCCGCUACUUUAACAAGCCCAUUAGAUGUGCUAAAGACCCGACUUCAAUCAGAUUUUUACCAGGACCAACUGCAAGCGUUGCGCGCCUCACAUCCUGUUCGCCCAGCUCCCUCCAUCAUCGCCCUCCCACGCAGCGCCCUCUUACAUUUCAAAGAAACAUUCCAGAUACUGCAUACUAUAUACAAGCAUGAAGGCCCGCGAGCCUUGUUCAAGGGCCUUGGUCCGAACUUGAUCGGCGUCGUUCCCGCUCGUGCGAUCAACUUUUAUGUUUACGGUAAUGGAAAACGGAUCUUGAGCGAUUACCUUGGUUAUCACGAUUCAAUGACAACACCAUGGAGUGUCCAUUUAGGAGCUGCAGCUAUCGCAGGAAUGGCGACUGGCACUGCUACAAAUCCUAUUUGGGUUAUCAAGACGCGACUACAACUCGAUAAGUCUAAUGCAGAAAGUGGCAAAGGAGGUCGACAAUACAAGAACAGUUGGGACUGCAUCAAACAGACAGUUCGACAUGAAGGUAUUCGGGGAUUAUAUAAAGGAUUGUCGGCCUCAUUCCUAGGCGUUACUGAGAGCGCGACACAAUGGGUCUUAUACGAGCAGAUGAAGAUAUUCCUAGCUCGGCGUGAGGCUGCCAAGCUAGCAGACCCAUAUCAUGUGCAUAGCUCCUGGGACGACGUCGAGCUCUGGGGCGGUCGUAUCGCAGCGGCCGGUAUAGCCAAGUUGUUUGCUGCGGUAGCUACAUAUCCUCAUGAAGUGGUUCGCACACGGCUUCGACAAGCACCCGUCGUACCGGUCGGUGGAGGCAAGGUUCAAGUGAAGUACACUGGCCUUGUCCAAUGUUUCAAGGUAGUGGCCAGGGAGGAAGGUCUUGCAGGGCUGUAUGGAGGACUGACACCGCACUUGUUGCGCGUCGUUCCAUCCGCGGCUAUCAUGUUUGGAAUGUACGAAUUUAUUCUUCGGCUGUUUGGAACAACAUCUUAA